AUGGAACGAAGUGGUGGUGGAAUGGUAUCUGGGUCGCAUGAAAGGAACGAACUUGUGAGAGUGAGACACGACUCUGAUAGUGGGUCUAAACCCUUGAAGAAUUUGAAUGGCCAGAUUUGUCAAAUAUGUGGUGAUACCAUUGGAUUAACGGCUACUGGUGAUGUCUUUGUUGCUUGUCAUGAGUGUGGCUUCCCACUUUGUCAUUCUUGUUACGAGUAUGAGCUGACAAAUAUGAGCCAAUCUUGCCCCCAGUGCAAGACUAGAUUCACAAGUCACCAAGAGGGUGCUGGAGCGGAGGGUGAUGACGAUGAUGAAGACGAUGCUGAUGAUCUAGACAAUGAGACCAAGUACGGCCAAGGAAACAAUUCCAAGGCAGGGAUGCAAUGGGAAGAAGAUGCUGACCUCUCUUCAUCUUCUGGACAUGAUUCUCAAAUACCAAAUCCCCAUCUAGAAAACGGGCAACCGAUGUCUGGUGAUAUUCCAUGUGCUACUUCUGAUGCUCAAUCUAUGCAAACUACAUCAGGUCCUAUGGUUAUUACAAAACAACCAGGUCCUGAAAGCGAUGAAGAGAUAAGGAGAGUUCCUGAGAUUGGAGGUGAAAGUGCUGGAACUUCAGCCUCUCGGCCAGAUGCCGGAUCAAAUGUGGGCACAGAUCGGGUUCGGGGGACAGGAGAGGGUCAGAAGAAGAGAGGGAGAAGCCCAGCUGAUAAAGAAAGCAAGCGGCUAAAGAGGCUAUUGAGGAACAGAGUUUCGGCUCAACAAGCAAGGGAGAGGAAGAAGGCAUACUUGAUUGAUUUGGAAACAAGAGUCAAAGACUUGGAGAAGAAGAAUUCAGAGCUCAAGGAAAGACUUUCGACUUUGCAGAAUGAGAACCAAAUGCUUAGACAAAUUUUGAAGAACACAACAGCAAGCAGAAGAGGGAGCAAUAGUGGUACCAAUAAUGCUGAAUGA